AUGGACGCGGUGCUGCUGGAGCACUUCCCCGGGGGCCUGGACGCCUUCCCCUCUCCUUACUUCGACGAGGAGGACUUCUUCACCGACCAGUCCUCCCGGGACCCUCUGGAGGACGGCGAUGAGCUGCUGGCAGACGAGCAGGCCGAGGUGGAGUUCCUCAGCCACCAGCUGCACGAGUACUGCUACCGCGACGGAGCGUGCCUGCUGCUGCAGCCUGCGCCCUCAACUGCCCCUAUAGCGCUCGCCCCGCCGCCCUCGGGGGGCCCCGGAGAGCCUGAAGACGGCGCCGGAUACUGCUGCGAGGCGGGGGCGCCCCCCGGUGGCUUCCCCUGCUCGCCCAGCUCGCCGCCCUCGUGCCUGGCCUACCCGUGCGCCGGAGUGGGCGUGCUGUCCCCAGGGGCGCGGCUGCGGGGCCUGAGCGGCGCGGCCGCGGUCGCGGCGCGGCGACGGCGGCGGGUGCGCUCGGAGGCCGAGCUGCAGCAGCUGCGGCAGGCGGCCAAUGUGCGCGAGCGACGGCGCAUGCAGUCCAUCAACGACGCCUUCGAGGGGCUGCGCUCGCACAUCCCCACGCUGCCCUACGAGAAGCGCCUCUCCAAGGUGGACACGCUGCGCCUGGCAAUAGGCUACAUCAACUUCCUCAGCGAGCUCGUGCAGGCCGACCUGCCACUGCGCGGUGGCGGCGCGGGCGGCUGCGGGGGACCGGGCGGCGGCGGGCGCCUGGGUGGGGACAGCCCGGGCAGCCAAGCGCAGAAGGUCAUCAUCUGCCAUCGGGGCACCCGGUCACCCUCCCCCAGCGACCCGGAUUAUGGCCUUCCUCCUCUUACAGGACAUUCUCUCUCAUGGACUGAUGAAAAACAACUCAAAGAACAAAAUAUUAUCCGAACAGCCAAAGUGUGGACCCCAGAAGACCCCAGAAAACUCAACAGCAAAUCUUCCUUCAACAAUAUAGAAAACGAGCCACCCUUUGAGUUUGUGUCCUGAGAAGUCCCAGACUCAGCUGAGGAUCUGAUUUAUGUCUCUGUGCAUAUUGUACAUGCAAAUAUCAUCAUGUAAAUGUAAUUUAAGAAUCAAAUUUUUCUAAUGGCAAUCAACUGUUAUUUAUCUAUUUAUUAUCCCAUUGAGUUAACGACAUAGAUGAUCUCUUUUUAAAUAUAUAAUUUAUAUAAUUUAUCCUGAUUUUUUUGAAAAUAUGCAAUAGCCUACGAUUCCCUCGGCACCUUUGUCAGAAGUCUGAUAUGUUGGAAGAACUCUGGCCGGAAAAUUCAUGCUUAUUUAUCACCAGAUAUGGUUUAUUUCUAAGCGUUCUUAAUAAAUGCUAUUUACACUUUUUUCU